GCCCGGCCGCCCAGCCGCCCGCCCGCCCGACCAGCUGACUGUAGCACUGAGUCCCACCUCCACCUCCAGCUCCAGCUGAGGCUGGGUGGGAGCGAGGGGAGGCCUCCGGAUCGGCGCGCCUGCAGGAGCGGGGGGAGAGCACACCCCCUUACGGCCGGCUGGCAGAGACUAUGCAGCUGGGACUGCUGGCCCUGGUGGUGGUCAUCCUCAGCUUAUCCAUAGGGCACGGCAAUGACGGCAGCCUCAAGCACGGCAAGGGGAGGAGGCAGAGACGCAUAAGUACCGAAGUGCCGCCAUCUUGCUCCAAUGGCUGUGAGAACUGCUCUGAGUACAACGGCUGUCUGAAAUGCCGCCCCCGCCUCUUCUUCCUCCUGGAGCGGAAUGACAUUCGCCAAACGGGCGUUUGCCUGGCCUCCUGCCCCGUCGGGUACUUCGGCAUUCGGACCCCAGAGAUGAACAACUGUGCUCAAUGUAAAAUAGAAAAUUGUGAGGAGUGCUUCAGUCGAACUUUUUGCACAAAAUGUAAGGAGGGCUUGUAUUCACACAGAGGCCGCUGCUACUCCAGCUGCCCAGAAGGCCACAGCACAGUCAAUGGCACCAUGGAGUGUGUGGUGCAAUGCGAGCUAGGUGAGUGGAGCGCCUGGGGCCCCUGCAUGAAGAAGAACAAGACCUGUGGCUUUAAGAAAGGCGCCCAGACGCGCGUCAGGGAGCCGGUGCAGCCCCCCAGCCCCGACACGGCCUCACGGCCGCCCCCCUCCUCCAGCUGCUCCCCGGAGGCAGAGACCCAGAGGUGCACUGUUCCCAAGAGGAUCCAGUGUGGGAAAGGAGGUGGAGGAGGAGGCAGGCGAAAGAAUGAGAAACAAGAGGGCCCAAGGAACCGCGAUAAAGGGGGCGGCAAGAACCGAGGCCGGGAGAAUAAAGGAAUAGCAGGAGGAGGAGGAGGUGGUGGCGGUGGUGGUGCAGGAGGAGGAGGAGGAGGUGGAGGUGCAGGAGGAGGUGGAGGAGGUGGAGGUGGAGGUGGAGGUGGAGGAGGAGGAGGUGGACGGAAAAAGAAACUCCGUGCCACCACCGUUCCCGCACCUAUCCUGACAGCGAGCACCGUCACCUAAUCCCUGGCCCUGACGUGGGAGGACUGGAUAGGUGUAUGGACACACUCCGUACUCCCGGACCUCCACCCACUGCAGUGCAAAACCAAAAGCAAAAAAAAAAAAAUGAAAUGAUGACAGUGUCCAACUGAUGGAGAAGAAGAUCCUUGCUGCUAUGCAUUCUAGAAAAUGCUCUUAAGAGAACUGGAGGACUGUUGCAAUACAAAAAUGAACUUUACUUUAUAUUGAAAAUAGAAGGGAGCUAGAAAGUAGGAAAAACAACACAUGAAGAAGAUUGGCUUCAUUGAAUUGAAGUACUCUGAGUCACAAAGCUGAUGGUGGCUUGUCUUUUUGUGAACCUUCCCAGCAGGAGGAGGUUCCUUACAAAACACAGCAGGCAAAUGAAAGAAAAAGAAAAGAAAAAAAAGAAAAAGAAGUCAAGCCUUUUUUUUUUAUCAAAGGACUGGACUCUUAUGCCCUAUAACUGUGGAGAAGAGACUGUAAAAAAUACCAAAUACUCUUAAUUAAGAGUGUCUGAAAGCAGUUUGCAUUUAAUUAUCGUAUCUAUUCUCAUGAUGGCUUGUCUUAUCCAAGGCAGGUAACAAGUGUGUAGGUAUUUGUGUUAAGUCGACGUAGCAGGAAAUGAAUCGUAUUAAUGCGCUUUAUUGUUUAAUUUCUACUAUAUGUUGAAACAAGAGAAAGGCACUGGAACUAAUGUGUGGCUUGUUCAAAAACAAAUACCAAAAGAUGUUUGAUGAACAUUUUUGUUUGUUUGUUGAGAAAAGGAUCCAAGAACCAAACACGUGAGAGAUGUGAGUGAACCAGCAUAGUCACUUCAUGUCCAGAUCCUUUUCACCAGACCUCACUCGACACAGUAUCGUGGCAAUUUGAUUUUCUUUAAUAAAUGUCAUUUUAAUGAGAAAGGUAAAACAAUAUGUGAUGCACAAUAAGUGAGCAAUAAGAAGUGGAAUAUAAACUAGAGUUUGUUUUUGGGAAACAGACAGAGAAUGAAAGAGUGAAAAUGUAGAAGGAUUGUGUUUGUUUACAAAAUAUGCAUUAUGGAUAAGUGAAUUUGCAUGUAAGUGUGUGUUUUUGUGUGUGUGUGUGUGUGG